UUUGCUGAAGUCAAUUUGGCUUCCUUACCACUUUUUAUGUAAUACGAUAUUUUAAGAGCUUCUAUUUUAUGUUAAUCAAUUUAAGUCCGUGUGACAUUUCUUCUUCAGAUUCUUCGGUAAAAAAAGAAAAAAAUAAUCGACACGUCAAAUUUAGAUCUUGCAACUCUAUUUGUUUAUGGUUUCCUUCAUUCGGGCAUUUUUCAUUCGGCUGUUUGUUUGAUUGUUUUACUCCGAUAUUUCGUCGUUUUCUACAUACAGUAGUAUGUAAUUUAUACUGUUUUCAGUGUUUUGAUAGUGUGGUGUUGAGGAUCACCCUCGAUUCGGAAGUGAAAACAUCAUGGAUACGCCGUCAAUGGAAACUAUAUACCAGGCCAUAAGUGCUCUGUACGAUAACUCCAAUGCUAAUGAUAAGGAAAUUAAAGAAAAAGCUUCCAAAUGGCUAGGAGAAGUGCAAAAAUCGAUCCAUUCAUGGAAAAUAGCUGAUGAGUUGUUACAACAGAAGAAGGAUAUUCACUCGUGUUAUUUUGCUGCUCAGACAAUGAGGUCUAAAGUGCAGCAUAACCUAUCAGAGCUACCUGAGGAAGCCCGCACUUCCCUUAGGGACUCCCUUAUAGCCCAUUUAAGAGGAGACAUGUCAGAAACUAGUCAAGCCAUCCUCACGCAACUGUGCCUGGCCCUUGCUGACUUAGCAUUACAAAUGCCUACAUGGAAGAACUGUACAAGUGACCUAAUUAAAUCAUUUUCAGACAGAAAUAACCCAGCUUUAUUAGAAAUUUUAACAGUACUACCACAAGAAAUUGACUCUUCCAGUUUAAAAUUAGGAGAAAACCGACGUGAAGAUAUAAGGCAGGAAUUACGAACAAAUACUGAUCUAGUUACUAUGUUUUUGAAAGAAAGCAUAACAAGUACACAGAACACACAACUAGCACUUAAAAUUAUAAAAUGCAUGACAUCAUGGAUACAUGUUAGGGCAGUGAACAUUCAAGAAAUUCCGCAGAAUGCCGUAAUAGCAUACUGUUUGCAAAUUCUAAGAGAUUACAAUUGUAUAAAUACACUUCAUGACGCAGCAUCAGACUGCCUGUGUUCAUUGCUGCAUACUCUAGAAGAAAAUAACAAUAAUGAAGAGAUAGAAAGACUAUUGUUUGAUAGCAUAGCAGCUUUAGAAGAGUGCUAUCACUUAGCUGUGGCUCAUGAAGAAGAGGACAAGGCCUCAAACUUUGCUAGGAUCUUCACAGAAUUGGCAGAGACAUUCUUAGAAAAGAUCAUUUCUGCCACAUCAACAGGGCAAACCCACUUUGCAAUGAGGUCACUAGAGUUGGCCCUAGUAUGUGUUGGACAUCACGAUUAUGAGGUAGCUGAAAUUACAUUUAAUCUAUGGUACCGCUUGUCUGAAGAUGUCUACCGCAGAGACUACCAACCUCUAACAGAUGCAUUUAAACCACAUAUAGAGCGCCUAAUUGAGGCUCUGGCAAGGCAUUGUCAGUGUGAACCUGAUCGCACACAGCUUUUGGAUGAAGGGGAUGAUUUCUAUGAGUUCAGAGUGAAGGUGAUGGAACUGAUCAAAGAUGUGGUGUUCAUUGUGGGCUCAAGCUCUGUGUUCCGGCAGAUGUUUGCCACAUUGCAGGCUGACUUGUCCUGGGAACGUACUGAGGCCGCUCUAUAUGUAAUGCAAGCUGUUGCCAAAAAUAUUUUGCCGGAUGAAUAUGAAUAUGUUCCAAAAGUGGUGGAAGCAAUACUGUCCAUGCCUGAAGGAGCUCACCCAGCAGUUCGGAAAACGUGUAUCUUGCUCUUGGGAGAGCUGUGCGACUGGAUUGAGAGGCAUCCUACAUGCCUGGAGCCUUGUCUGCAGACCUUAGUGACGGCGCUGCAGGAACCCAAAUUGGCUCCGGCUGCUGCUACUGCAUUACAAAACAUCUGCAAGGCCUGCAGCAAAGAGGCGGCCUCACACGCCGUGACGUUGCUGCGCGCCACGCGGCACCUGGACAGCCUGGCGCUGCCACCCGGCGCCGGCGCCUCGCUGGUACGCGCGCUGGCCAGCGCCCUCGCCUCGCUGCCACAGGACCAGCUGACGGUGGCGAUGCGAGAAGCGGCGUCCAUCCAGCUGGGCACGCUGAAGGAGAUCCUCGCCGGCAGCGGCGGCGACUCGGACCCGUGCCCGACGCUGGACCUGCUGGCGGCGCUGUUCCGCGAGCUGUCGCCGCGCAAGGCCGACGCCUGCGUGCCGGCGCUCGGCGACGCCUGGCCCGUGCUGCACGACGUCUUGAUCAAAUACCAGGCGGACGGGCGCGUGAUGGAGCGCGGCUGCCGCGCGCUGCGCUUCGCGCUCCGCUGCUGCGCGCGCCGCGCCGCGCCGCUGCUGCCGCACCUGGCGCGCGCCAUGGCCGACAUCUACGCCGCGCACCAGCACUCGUGCCUGCUCUACCUGGCCAGCAUCCUCGUGGACGAGCUGGCGCACGAGCCGGACUGCGUGUCCGACCUCAUCGACCUGCUCAAGGCGCUCAUGCCGCGCGCCUUCGACCUGCUGCAGCAGGAGAACGGCCUCAAGGACAACCCGGAUACCGUUGAUGAUCUCUUCAGGCUGUGUAUCAGAUUCUUGCAACGCAUCCCACUAGAGUUCCUCUCAUCCGGCGCGAUGCCAGCGGUUGUGCAGUGCGGCACGCUGGCCACGGCGCUGGACCACCGCGAGGCAAACUGCUCCGUCAUGAAGUUCCUGCUGGACCUGGUCUCCCGCGCCACGACUACUCGAGAACAGAACAAGGAGAUUAAAGUGCUAGCGGACGCCAUCCUGGUCGAGUACGGCGGGUCGCUGACAUACGCGCUGCUGGAGUCGUCGGUGCUGCACCUGCACGCGUACAUGCUGGGCGAGGUGGGCGAGGUGCUGUUGGAGCUGGUGCGCUGGCAGCGCGCGCGCGGCGCCGACCUACUGGCGCCGGCGUUGGCCCGCCUGCCGAGGGGGCCCGUCGCCGCCACCGAGCACCAAUGCUGGAACUUCCACCAGCUGGCCACGAGGUACGUACCACAACCAGCUGUACACGACCUGCUGGCGCCAGCGCUGGCCCGCCUGCCGAGGGGGCCCGUCGCCGCCACCGAGCACCAAUGCUGGAACUUCCACCAGCUGGCCACGAGGUACGUACCACAACCAGCUGUACACGACCUGCUGGCGCCAGCGCUGGCCCGCCUGCCGAGGGGGCCCGUCGCCGCCACCGAGCACCAAUGCUGGAACUUCCACCAGCUGGCCACGAGGUACGUACCACCACCAGCUGUACACGACCUGCUGGCGCCAGCGCUGGCCCGCCUGCCGAGGGGGCCCGUCGCCGCCACCGAGCACCAAUGCUGGAACUUCCACCAGCUGGCCACGAGGUACGUACCACCACCAGCUGUACACGACCUGCUGGCGCCGGCGCUGGCCCGCCUGCCGAGGGGGCCCGUCGCCGCCACCGAGCACCAAUGCUGGAACUUCCACCAGCUGGCCACGAGGUACGUACCACCACCAGCUGUACACGACCUGCUGGCGCCAGCGCUGGCCCGCCUGCCGAGGGGGCCCGUCGCCGCCACCGAGCACCAAUGCUGGAACUUCCACCAGCUGGCCACGAGGUACGUACCACCACCAGCUGUACACGACCUGCUGGCGCCAGCGCUGGCCCGCCUGCCGAGGGGGCCCGUCGCCGGCACCGAGCACCAAUGCUGGAACUUCCACCAGCUGGCUACGAGGUACGUACCACCACCAGCUGUACACGACCUGCUGGCGCCGGCGCUGGCCCGCCUGCCGAGGGGGCCCGUCGCCGCCACCGAGCACCAAUGCUGGAAUAUCCACCAGCUGGCCACGAGGUACGUACCACCACCAGCUGUACACGACCUGCUGGCGCCAGCGCUGGCCCGCCUGCCGAGGGGGCCCGUCGCCGCCACCGAGCACCAAUGCUGGAACUUCCACCAGCUGGCCACAAGGUACGUACCACCACCAGCUGUACACGACCUGCUGGCGCCAGCGCUGGCCCGCCUGCCGAGGGGGCCCGUCGCCGGCACCGAGCACCAAUGCUGGAACUUCCACCAGCUGGCCACGAGGUACGUACCACCACCAGCUGUACACGACCUGCUGGCGCCAGCGCUGGCCCGCCUGCCGAGGGGGCCCGUCGCCGCCACCGAGCACCAAUGCUGGAACUUCCACCAGCUGGCCACGAGGUACGUACCACCACCAGCUGUACACGACCUGCUGGCGCCAGCGCUGGCCCGCCUGCCGAGGGGGCCCGUCGCCGCCACCGAGCACCAAUGCUGGAACUUCCACCAGCUGGCCACGAGGGCAGAGAAAUGCAAGGAAAUGACGCGACUACUGCGAGACUUUGCGAGGUUGUAUCGGUAACUGAUAACAAUUCUCAGCUCACCACAAGGGUGAUCCUAGAACAACAUUAAUUGUAUUGAAUAGAAUGGAUGAAAAGUUAUGUCUUUAUUUCGGAAAACUGACAACUACGAAUGUGGUUUAUAAUUAUCAAAAUCAUAUUGACAAAUUAUUUUAUUUUGAGUCUGAUGGAGUAUACUACACUUAUCCAAAGAUUGGAAUGAUAACAUAAGUACUAAUAAAAUAACUAAUUUCAUUUGAUUCAGACGACGCGAUGGUUUAAUAUUGAAAAUGAAAAGUAUGAAGUCAUUGAACAGGUUUACUAAAUAGUUAUAGUACCUAUGUACUAUAACUAGACCGUUUGGAAUGUUGUUACUAAAUUAUUUUGGUCUAGAACUCCUUCAGGCUUUCAUUAUUAUAUCGAGAAAUAUUAUGAACGAGCAAUAAUAAAGAAAUAUAUAAGCUUUAUUCACUGUCAAACUCAUUGUUAUUUUGACACAAUAAACAGGAAGACAAAAAUUAUUCUGCUGACUGUAUCUCACUACACUUGUCUCCAAUUAUUGACGACUAUAAAAUAUUGAUUUGAGUUUUGUGUUUUGAAUGAAACCAAUGAAUCAACUCUGUGCGAGUUAGGUAAGUAUGCAGUUUUAUUUCUAAGUAAAUAUAUUUUGUUAUAUACUCUCUUUUAUUUCAAAUGUGAUUUAAUUGUAAAUAUUUAUUAAAAAUGUUUACUUUA